UUUGGAACCUAAUCAAAAUGGAAAGAAAUUGGAAAUGAAGAAAUAAUAGUCGAUUUAUUGUGUUAAUUAUGUCAACGGCGCAUGGGAAGAUGACCAGGAUUGGUCCUGACUUGAACAAAAAGUUGCCAAGGCAUUUAAGACAUGACGAUUUACCUGUAAACAGAUUUACACCAAGAACUUAUCAGGUGGAUUUGGUCGAUGCAGCUUUAAAACGAAACACGAUAAUUUGUUUGAGUAGUUCGACUGAGAAAUUAUUUAUAGCUUUAAUGGUUAUCAAAGAACUAGCCAGAGAAAUACGAAAACCAAUAUCUGACGGAGGAAAACGUACUAUUUACGUUGUUAAUUCAGAUGAAACAGCAGAAGCUCAAUGGCAGGUGUUGUCCCGACAUACCAACUUACAGACGGGCUAUUACACCAUCGAUAUGGAAACAGAAACUUGGAGCCGACAAAGAUGGGAAGAAGAGUUUGCUUCCAAACACGCUCUUGUCUUCACAGCGGAAGUUCUUCGUGAUGCCUUUUCACAAAAUUGUUUACCGAUACCUCAUAUCAACAUGCUCAUUUUCGACGAUUGUCACUUGGCCGUUGGUGACCACACUUACAUUAAAUUAAUGCAACACAUUGAAAAGUAUUCGCCAUCUAAACCUCAUAUUUUAGGGAUCACGGCUUCGAUUCUCGGUAGUCGUAUUCCAGAACCAAGCAAGCUCAAAGAAACCAUUAGAAAUCUUGAAACUACCUUAACAUGUAUCGCUGAAACCUCCAUGCUUGUGAUCUCCGAACGUUUCGAUUCUCGGCCAAAAGAGUUAGUGGUGGAGUGUCUACCUCCUGAAGACUCAAAUGAUCUAGUCUACAAACUUGGUGAAAUAAUAGAUUCCGCACUACUUUUUCUUUACGAAUGUAAUAUAGCGCCGGAAGAAGGAGCUGAUCCCUUCAAGAAAGAUCCCAGACAACUCGGCAUCAAUGUUCUGUCAGAAAUCAGAAAUAUUUUGCAGCAGUUGGGAACAUGGUGUACGUCACGCAUAAGUGAAAUUCUCAUUCCGCAGAUCGAAAAAACAGAGAAAAGUGAAUCUUGUCAAAUUAAUAAAAAAUUCAUCCGAUUUACCCUGACCCAGCUUCGACUUUUGGUGCAAGUUUUUGAAAAAAAUUUCAAUCCAGAUUAUGAUGUGAAUGAAUUGUUAAAAUAUAGUACGGCCAAGGUUGUCGAGCUCGUGCACAUGCUACAAAAAUAUAAACCUGAUUUAGAUUUCAUGAUUAUUAGCAGUGGGGACAUGGACUAUUCCGACGAAGACGACCAAUCAGACAUGUCGGACGACGAUGACGAUUCCAUGAAUUUAUCCGACUCAGAAGACGAUGAUAAAAAUUCCAGUUCACCGAAACUCAUUCACAUUGCCGUGAAGCGACAGAACUUCGAGACGGAUGGAGAAAUUGUCACUGAAGAUUCUGAUGCCAGACAACUCUGUGGACUAGUUUUCGUUGAUCAACAAUACGUGGCUCUAGCCUUGAACAAAUUUAUAGAAGAAGUCUGCUCCUGGGAUGAAAAUAUGUGUUUCUUAAAAAGUAAUCAUAUCGUCGGACAGGGCUACAGAAGUGCUCCGAAUAAAACAACAAUAGGAAAAGUUUAUCGCAAGCAAGAGGAAGUUCUACGCAAGUUUCGAAUGCAGGAAUUGAACUUACUGAUAGCUACGAAAGUUUUAGAACAAGGAGUUGAUAUACCUAAAUGUAAUUUAGUUGUAAGAUUUGAUCCACCACGAGAUUAUAAAUCAUAUACAUUAUCUAAGGGCAGAGCUAGAGCUCGUGAUUCAGAUUAUGUUAUUUUAUUAGAUGAAGAAAAUAAAAAGAUGUUCAGUGAAGAUUUAAAACUAUUUAAGGAAAUUGAAGAGGUAUUAAUAGGUAAAGAUAAAGAUGACGAUAUAAAAGAUGAAGAUGUCAGUUGUUAUGGCGACCUACUACCACCCUAUAAUCCAACCAAUAAUCAGUUUACUGGGUCAAAGGUCACACUUUCUAAUUCUAUCGGCCUUGUUAACAGAUACUGUGCAAAAUUACCAAGUGAUGCCUUCACUCAUUUAACUCCCCAGUGUAAUAUAACAACAACAAACAAAGCAGACGGUAUUCAAUAUGUCGGCCAUCUUAGAUUACCUAUCAACUCACCAAUCAAGGAAGAAAUUACGGGAGUUCCGAUGCCAACUAAAAAACUUGCCCAAAUGGCUGUUGCUCAGAAAGCAUGUGAAAUUCUACACAAAAGAGGUGAACUAGAUGAACAACUUCAACCUGUUGGUAAAGAAAUGUUUCUACAAGAACAACAAGAAGACUGGGAUGACGAAGAUGUAUCUAGUCAGGGACGACCAGGAACAACCAAACGUAAACAGUAUUAUUUCAAGAAGAUUGCCGAUGCGUUUAUGUCAAGUCAUCCCGUAGAGAAUACAGCAUGUUAUCUGUAUAUGAUACAUAUGAGAUUAACGGGACCAAUCACAGAUGAACAGAAUACGAGAGGUAGAAGUAUUUACGCUCCAGAAGAAACAUCUCGUUGUCUGGGUAUUAUAUCAUCUAAAUUUAUUCCACAGGUGCCUAUGUUUCCGGUUUAUACACGAUCUGGUGAAGUAACAGUUUCAAUAGAUCUCUGUCGUUCUGAUAUCGUCAUCACACACGACCAAUUAGACAAACUUCAAAAAUUUCAUCAUUUUGUAUUUACCCAAGUUUUACAUCUCGAUAAAGAUCCCAUGGAAUGUAAUCCGAAAAUAGCAGACGUCGGAUAUUUGAUUGUUCCGCUUGAUCCAGGUAUGUAAUUUACGCUAAUGUCAGGCC